AUGACAUCGCUGUCUCGGUACGCUUUUAAAGCGGACUACUAUGAUCCUCAGGCAAACCUCACCCGUCACUAUUUGUUCCUUUUUUAUAAGGAGGACAAUACGGUAGAAAUGCACGACCUUAAAACAAAACGUGUUUUUCUAAAAAGGUGUGCUUAUCCAUCAUUAAGUCUACAUGAACUUUUUAUUGGCGCCACAGUAAGCAUUUUUUCACGUUCUUUGAAACUAGUGGAUUACGGUGAUGAGGCAACGCGUCGGCACUUUUCAGCAGCUAUGGGCGAGUUCAUUGUGAUUAUUACAGAGAAGGGUCUUCUUCGUGCUGGAAAUAUUGUGGACAAGAUUAUUUCAAAGGGGCUGAGAAUUUCGAACGUCCGACUAGUGAAUUUACCAGAUGAUAUGGCUUCUGAAUUUGCUGUCUCGAGACGGUGUAUUGUCACUCUGGUGAAGGGAUCAGACGCGAUGGAAAAGGUUUCCGCGUUAAACGAGGCAUUUCCAGGUUUGACUACAAUAGUAUCAAAUCCUGAGGAUGUGAGUGCACUUUCCAAUGUGGCAUUUGGCCCUGGUGAAACAACAGCGGUGAUGAAAAACUGUUCUGUUUGUGUAAUCAAACCGCAUGCGAUAACAAGUGGUUAUCAGGGUGCUAUUCUUCAACGUCUAAUUGAUGAGGGUUUUUACAUCAGCGCUCUGGGAAUGUACACCUUAACCAUGGCGGAUGCAGAGGAUUUUCUCGAAGUUUACAACGGUGUUGUACCUGAAUAUCAGAGACUUGUAGAGCAGAUGUACAGCGGUCCCUGUUGGGUGGUAGAAGUAUGUGCCGAGAAUGCAGUGGCAUCUCUUCGUGCCGUUUGCGGACCACACGACCCAGAGGUAUGUCAUGUACUCUUUCCUCACACAAUCCGCUCAAAAUAUGGUGUUGAUCGCACCAGGAACGGUGUGCAUUGCACAGACUUAGAGGAAGACGCACCACUAGAGUCGGAGUUCUUCUUUUCGCUGCUUCAAAACCUUUAG